AAGCUAUGGCUCCCCUUUCAUUAUGUCAUUCCCAAUUCUUACUCAAGAUCAAUCGCAGGGGAUCGGACAUGAACUCUGUUUCAUCGCUCCGACCAGUUCAUUCCAAAUCUUCUCUCCGUCUAAACAGUAACUGGAGUUUCAUAACUGGAUCAAGAUUUCUCAUCAGGCCGCCGCCGUCUUCAUCAUUCAAUCUUCAAAGAAAGAUCCAUGGAUUCUCUCCUGCUGCUGCAUGGUUGAGUCCAGAACUAGCUAGCAAUGCUUUCACAUGGUCUACUGUAGCUGUCCUUCCUUACUAUUCACUCAUGGUUAUUGCUCCAAAAUCUGAACUGACAAAAAGAUCAAUGGAGAGUAGUGUACCAUAUGUUGUUCUUGGAUUGGUGUAUGGAUAUCUUCUUUACCUAUCUUGGACACCUGAUACCUUAAGGACCAUGUUUGCAAGUGAAUAUCUUUUACCCGAGCUGCCUGGUAUGGCUAAGUUGUUCUCUAAUGAGAUGACUUUAGCUUCUGCUUGGGUUCAUUUGUUGGCUAUAGAUCUCUUUGCUGCAAGGCAAGUGUUCAUGGAUGGAUUGGAAGAGGAGAUUGAAACUCGGCAUUCUGUGACUCUAUGUUUGAUGUCUUGUCCAGUUGGAAUCUUAUCUCAUGUUAUUACUAAAGCUAUGAUCAAAAGUAAAAGAAAAUCCCAUUAGAAGAAAGUUUUUUCUUUUUUUU